AUGCUUAACCUCUUGGCGCAGGAGGAUUCGUCUCUUCUGUUCGACUUUGACGCCAAGGAGGCGCUGAUGAGUACCCACGACACCAAAAUGGCGCUUUUCUGCCCCGAGUUUCUCUAUGGCUCUCGGCAAACGACAGCUCUCCACUCACUCGAAGCCUUCAUAGGCAAGAUCAACUUCGAUAGAGUGUCCCAUCACAAGGUCCAUGGCUCCAUGAUGGGCUCGCCGUCCUCGACAGCUGCGUAUUUGAUACACACUUCAGAGUGGGAUGAAGAAUCCGAGGACUAUCUCAGGCAUGUGAUCUUGUCGACGUUGCUAGGAGCAGGAUUCUCCAACUGCGAAUUGGCGUCCAUCGAACUGAAAAAGAUGACAAACGUUCUCAGUAGUUCUUUUGACACCGAAGGUGGUGUUCUUGGGUUUGCGUCUUCAUUCGAGGCCGAUGCAGAUGACACCGCCAAAGCCAUCACCGCUCUGCACCAGCUGGGGCACCCGGCUUCCAGUGCGAAAAUGGUCGAAGCAUUCGAGGCAGACACCCACUUCCGCACGUACCAGGGCGAGCGAGAUCCUAGCUUCACGACCAACUGCAACGUCUUGCAGGCCCUUCUUCAUCAGCCUGACGUGUCCGUCUAUUCUUCCCAGGUGUUGAAGGUCGCCAAGUUCUUGUGUGAGCACUGGUGGACGACUGAUGGGAGAAUCAAGGACAAAUGGGUGCGCAGCAGUCCAUUCAUAGACAGUUUCGUGACUCAGCUGACACAGAGGUCGAAGAAUACGAGCUACCUUUAUCCAUCUUUCCUCUUGGUGGGGUCUUUAGUGAGCUUGAUGGCCUCACUGGAGCAGAAGAGACUGCCGGACAUGUUUGACGAAGAUCUACAGUCCAGGAUUGCAAUUACUCUUGUUCAGGCGUGCUUGCGUCCGCUGUUUGACCAGAAGGAUGAUGGAUCGUGGAAUCAGUCAAUGGAGGAGACGGCUUACGGCGUUCUCAUUCUCUGCGAGGCGCGGCGUCUAUGCGUCUUUGAUGGCCUCCGGGAGCCGUUGGACUCCGCCAUUCUACGUGGUGUUGCCUUCAUUGACUCCAACGACACUCAGGUCCAAAAUUAUGUCUGGAUCGAGAAGGUCACCUACGCGUCCCCUCUCCUGACCGAGUCCUACCUGCUCGCAGCACGGAAGGCAGCAAGCUGCCCGGUCGUCGCCUCGGUUGGAAUCGGGGUCCAGCAUAAGUCGUCGUCGAAGCGCAUGGACCAAUAUGCCAGACUAUUUCAUCGGACGCCACUCUUUGAGUCCCUUCCGGAAUGGGAGCUUCGUGCUUCCCUUAUCGAAGCCUCGCUCUUCCUACCUCUCCUUCGAACUCGUCGGCUAAACGUGUUCCCGCGCAAGGGUGUCGAGGACGACAAGUACUUUGAUCUCAUCCCGUUUUUUUGGACGAGUCCUAAUAACCGUGCCCGUACCUACGCCUCUACCUGGUUCUUGUACGAGAUGAUGAACAUCACCCUCUUGACGAUGCAGGUCGAUGAGUUCAUGGAGGCGGUGGCGGGACCAUCGUUCUUGGGCCACACCCCCGAACUCCGCCAGCUUAUUUAUGACGUCUUUCGUAUGACAAAAUCCGUUGAUGCGCACCCGGUCAAGUGCGGCGACGCGGUUCAUGAGCUUGACGGUCGAGGCAGAGCUGAUGGAAGAACAAGCAACGGUCAGCGGUCCUGCGACCCUCAGCAGUGUGACGAUGACAUCGUCACCCCCUUGUCAAAGUUCACAAGGUACAUCUUGGAAAAUCCGUCUAUCCAGGCAAGUAGCCAUUGGGAUCGGGAAAUUAUCAGGAGCGAGCUGCAGGCCUAUCUUCUUGCACAUGUUCAGCAAGCAGAAGACAAUUCCCGCAUUGCGUGGCGGACAAACGGUGGCGGGCGGGCAUCGACAUCCGCCGGUACCUUUUACGGUUGGGUGCGAACUACGGGCGCAGAUCAUUCUGCGUGUCCCUUUUCCUUCUUCGUGGUAAGCUGUCUCAUCCGCUCUUCCUUGGCCGCCAAGGGCGACGGCGGGGACUGCUUUCCGACAGUGGAGGAAAAGUAUCUCGCCACCUCGGUAUGUCGUCACUUGUCAACCAUGUGCCGCAUGUACAACGAUUUGGGAUCCGUCGCGCGGGAUGAAGAUGAAGGAAACUUAAACUCGAUCAACUUUGUCGAGUUUGACUGUCACGCAGACAUCGAAGAAAAGAAGGUGGCAUUGUUCAGCAUGGCGUCUUUUGAGCGCGCCUGUCUGCGUGAGGCGCUUGAAAGGCUUAGGAUGCAAGGAAAGAACCGUUGUGGCAGUGCGAGGAGACGAGCUGAGCGCUGGGCAUGCAUUCUCACCAUGUUCUGCGAACAGGUAGAUCUCUUCGGUCAGGUAUAUGUUAUUCGGGACCUGGCAAGUCGCUUGGUUCAAAAGUGCUGA